AUGCCUGUUAUGAAAGGAUUAUUAGCGCCUCAGAAUACCUUUCUGGACACUAUUGCAACACGUUUUGACGGCACACACAGUAACUUCAUUCUGGCAAAUGCUCAGGUGUCCAAGGGCUUCCCGAUCGUGUACUGCUCGGAUGGUUUCUGUGAGCUGACUGGCUUUGCACGCAGUGAGGUUAUGCAGAAGAGCUGCGCGUGUAAGUUUCUGUUUGGAAAAGACACCAGCGAGCAGAUGAUCCUCAACAUUGAUAACUCCCUUGAGGAACGUACGGAAUUCAAGGGAGAGAUAACAUUUUACAAGAAGAGUGCUGAUUUAUUCUGGUGCCUCCUGGAAAUAGUUCCUAUUAAAAAUGAAAAAGGAGAUGUGGUCCUCUUCUUGGCAUCUUUUAAGGACGUCACAGAUACAAAGGACAAGAUAAUCCCAGAGGGUAAGAGGGAAGGGAAAAACAAGGGCAGGGUCAAAACAGGGCCUCCCCUAAGUACAGCCAGAAAUCGAAGCCGGACUAUCUUAUACCAGAUCUCUGGACAUCUGCACAGUCGACAGAAGAAGAGCAAACUGAAGCUGAACAAGAAUGUGUUUGGAGAUCCGCCGGCUCUUCCUGAGUACAAGGUCGCAGAUGCAAAGAAAUCAAAAUUCAUCCUGCUGCACUUCAGUACCUUCAAAGCAGGCUGGGACUGGCUGAUCUUGCUGGCCACAUUUUACGUGGCUGUGACAGUGCCAUACAACGUGUGCUUCAUCGGAGAUGAUGAUGACCUCACCAGAAGCACCACUGUCAGCGACAUUUCUGUAGAGAUUCUUUUCAUAAUUGAUAUUGUUCUCAAUUUCCGCACAACAUAUGUGAGCCAAUCAGGACAAGUUAUCUUUGAUGCUCAGUUAAUUUGCAUCCAUUAUAUGACCACAUGGUUCAUCAUUGAUCUUGUGGCCGCCCUCCCAUUUGACCUUCUCUAUGCCUUUAAAGUCAGUGUGGUGUCAGUGGUACAUCUGCUGAAGACGGUGCGUCUGCUGCGCUUGCUGCGCUUGCUGCAGAAGAUGGACCGCUACUCCCAGCACAGCACGGUGGUGCUGACCCUGCUGAUGUCCAUGUUCGCCCUGCUCGCCCACUGGAUGGCCUGCAUCUGGUACAUCAUCGGCAAGAAAGAGCUGGAGGCCAACGCGUUCUCCUGGGACAUUGGUUGGCUUCAGGAGCUGGGGAAACGCCUGGAGUCUCCGUACACCAGUGGGAACGGCACAGCCGGACCCCCCAUCCGGAGCGUCUACAUCACCUCGCUCUACUUCACCCUCAGCAGCCUCACCAGCGUGGGCUUCGGUAAUGUCUCCGCCAAUACCGACGCGGAGAAGAUCUUCUCCAUCUGCACCAUGCUCAUCGGAGCCUUAAUGCAUGCCCUUGUGUUCGGGAACGUGACGGCCAUCAUCCAGCGCAUGUACUCCCGCUGGUCCCUCUACCACACCCGCACCAAAGACCUGAAGGACUUCAUCAGGGUCCACCAUCUGCCCCAACAGCUCAAGCAGAGGAUGCUGGAGUACUUCCAGACAAUCUGGUCCGUCAACAACGGGAUCGACUGCAACGAACUGCUGAAGGACUUCCCUGAUGAGCUGCGCUCUGAUAUCACCAUGCACCUCAAUAAGGAGAUCUUGCAGCUCUCGCUGUUUGAGUCCGCCAGCAGGGGGUGUCUCCGUUCCCUCUCGCUCCACAUCAAGACCUCUUUCUGUGCCCCCGGCGAGUACCUGCUGCGGCAGGGCGACGCCCUGCAAGCCAUCUUCUUCGUCUGUUCAGGCUCCAUGGAAGUGCUGAAGGAUGGGAUGGUUCUCGCUAUCCUCGGAAAAGGCGACCUCAUUGGAGCAAAUCUGUCUGUCCAUGACCGGGCGAUCAAGACAAAAGCAGACGUGAAGGCGUUGACAUACUGCGACCUCCAGUGCAUUAGUUUGAAGGGACUGUAUGAGGUGCUUGACCUUUACCCUGAAUACUCUCACAAAUUUGUUGAGGAUAUCCAGCAGGACCUCACUUACAACCUGCGGGAAGGACAGGCCAAUGACGUACCCUCAAGAUUGCCCAACAAAGCACCGGGCCCAGGAUCUCAGGGGGAAGGAAAGGGUAAUGGACGCAUCUCCCAGUGCUACCCCUCAAUUAUGGAAGACCAUGAAGAGAAGGAGUGUGUGCCCACCUCCACUCCGGAUGGGGACAAGGAGAGGCACAGGAUUCUCUACCUGAGGGAUUCAUCCACAGGGAACACCCCACCUGAGGAUUAUGAGGCCAAUCACAAUGCAGGGACAGACAGAAAGACCAGGAAGCCAGGAAAGAAACUGACGCUUCAUCUUUCUACUGACAACAUACUUGGCCCUGCAGACCUCAGGAUUGUGGAUGGUACAGAGGACAGUUCAGUUAUGGACAGCCAUGCUGUGGCCUUGGAGUUCUCCCAGCAUCAGCUUCACCAGUCCAGCACUAGUUCUGCCACCACUGCAGGUUUGCUUCAGAUUAGUACGGAAGAGUUAUCAGCAAAGACUGAGGAAACAAGAGGACAGUUACUUCAGCUGAAUCAAGAGGUCAGAACGGUGAGUAAGGAGGUCUCUGAGCUGGGCCAAGGCAUGCGGAAUAUGAUGUUCCUCCUGGAAGAGCUUCUCUCUGGGCGUAACACCCCAGCGUUCUGCCCCGCCCACUCAUCAGACAACUGCCCUGCCCAUGUGACCUGGGCAGCCCCUCCCCCGCCUCCUUCCUGUUUGCAGUUUCAACAGGACCCUGCUGCACAGGUCAUCCAGAGCUCCUCCUCAGUCCAGGCCCCAAACUCUGUUCCCUCUGAGGGUUGCACACAAGCACCCCUCACAGUCUCCCCCUGCUGCCCCGUGGACGCUGCCAUUCAGGGCCGGGCUCGCUGGCUCUCUGCGCUCUCACAGCCUGGAGAAUACCUUUGUUUCUUGUGA